UUUCAAUCCAUUUUAGUGGGGUCUUUUUUACUUCGGUAUUUACCUCAGUUUACCCUUCAUUAAUAGCCACCAGCCGGGCAUCGGAAGUUAGCUAGGGUUUCUUCACUCCAAAGGCUUUAGCGGCAAAGAAGAAGAAGAAGAAGAAGAAGAAGGAGAGGGGGAAGAAUGGGACACUCCAACAUCUGGAACGCUCACCCCAAGAACUAUGGGCCUGGCUCACGCGCUUGCCGCGUUUGCGGGAACUCCCAUGGGAUAAUCAGGAAGUACGGGCUCAUGUGUUGCAGACAAUGCUUCCGCAGUAACGCUAAGGAAAUUGGCUUCAUCAAGUACCGUUAGGGAUGGACUUGGUGCUGUUCUUCGCCUCCAUUUGACGAAUGAAUUUUUUUUCCCGCCCGGGGGGGGGGGGAAUAUUUUAGUCACAUUGUAGUCAAACCUAGUAUGAACUACCUGUGGUUUUUAAGCACAACUUGUAGGGACAAUCAAAUUGCCCCCUGGUUAUUCUGGUUUAAUUUCUGCUUGAGGUAACUGGGGGUUGAAUUGAUUUUCUAUGUUACGAGACAGUAAGAUAUUAUUUGCAAAAAGCUAUUUGAUUGCAUCACAAAUACGUUUUUGAA